GAUUAAACCAAAACAAGACUUUAUGGUUUUAACACGUGAUAAAUUCUUUGUUGUGUGUUUUGUUCUCAUUCCCAUGAACAAUCAAAUCAGCUGACUUCGAUUUCCGUGUGUAAUGAUACUGUGAGCUUUGUGCACACGUAUCAAAACUUGCUUGCUUACGACGCGUGAAGACGACGUGAUACAGAAAUAAAAGUUAGGCCAGAUUUUUCAUUUCUUCGCGAUGGCAGGACCGUUAGUGGAGGCAGGGACGUCCUUCUCACCAUGGGUUGGUUUGAUAUUUGUUUUCAACCUGAUUGUUGGCACAGGAGCAUUGACCAUGCCCAAGGCCUUUGGUCAAGCUGGUUGGAUAUUCAGUGUGGCCAUCAUCAUUGUAUUAGCUCUUGUCAGCUAUGUGACUGCCACGUUUGUGAUUGAGGCUAUGGCUGCAGCCAAUGGGAUCAUCAAGUACCGCAGGAAGGACAAGAAAAGAGAGGAUGGGCCGUUAGAAGUACGACCACCGACAUCAUCAUCAUCAUCGUCUACAACAAUCCCCAAAUCAGACUCAAAGUCACUUCCUGGAUCUAGUUCAAAGCUACCAAUUAUCACAAAGCUGGAUGAAACGAGUUCAACAAGCUCCUCCAGCAGUGAUCCAUAUAUACCUGAUACUGAGAAUGAUGAAAAGGAGAGAUUACUCACUGGGAACACCAUCAAUUACUCAUCAGUGAGAGCCGCAAAAAAGCAUGCUGAUUAUUUUGAGAUUACAGAACUGGUCGAUAUGGGACAGAUGGCUUCGAUGUUCUUCAACAAAGUGGGUCUAGUCUUAUUCUACAUAUGUCUCAUAGUAUACCUAUACGGAGAUUUGGCUAUCUACGCUGUAGCUGUUCCCAAGUCCCUCAGAGAUAUCACAUGCACCUAUGAUGCCGAUUCCCAAAAUCUUAGCGACAAUGAUCCAUGCUGGACUGGGGUCACUAUAACAAGGAUGAAUGCUUACAGAAUAUACCUGGCAAUAUUUUCAGUAUCCUUGGGAGUGUUUGUGUAUUUCAAUGUACAGAAAACAAAAUAUCUUCAGAUCUUCACCACUAUCAUGAGAUGGCUAGCAUUCCUGACGAUGAUCUUUUCAUCGGUGAUCUACAUCAGCCGAGGAAAGAGUUCAGCCAAACCGGCUGCUACAGGAACCUUUGAGAGCAUCCCAAACUUCUUUGGUGUUUGCGUGUAUGCCUUCAUGUGCCAUCAUUCAUUACCUUCACUCAUAACCCCUGUCAAACCCAAGAAACGCAUCACGGCGUUCUUGUUCGGCGACUACGUCCUCAUCCUCCUCUUCUACCUCUUCCUGUCCAUCACGGCCAUCUUCACCUUCGACAGCAGCGACAUCAAAGACAUCUACACCCUCAACUUCUUCAAGAGUAAGGUACUGCCGGUCAUCCCGCUCUCCUACUUUGUCGCGCUCUUCCCGGUCUUCACGCUCAGCACCAACUUCCCGAUCAUCGGCAUCACGCUGCGCAACAACCUGAUGGCGCUCUUCCUGCACGAGAACAGGCUAUACCACUGGACGAUCAAGCGGCUUUUGUUUCCGACCUUGGUGCUGGUGCCGCCCAUAGCGGUUGCCUUUGCCACCACGAAUGUCACGUUGCUUGUAGGAAUCACAGGGUCCUACGCAGGGGCUGCUAUCCAAUAUCUUAUACCUGUCUUCCUGGUAUAUUAUGCGAGGAAAAAGACUGAGAGAACAAUGGGCAAACGAUGGGUUCUCCACCAGCACAUGUCACUCUUCAGGCACAAGAUCUGGCUUAUUCUCAUCAUCAUAUGGGCUAUUUUCUGCCUGGUCUUUGUUACCGUCGAUCAUGUUUUAGAAGGAAUUCAUUAGUAUUUUGCAGCCCCUAGGUAUCACAUUAAGGAGAAUUCUUACUUUUUACUGACUUUUAAUUGUGCUUUACAGUACUCAUGAAAAGUGUAUCUUCUUGUUUUCAAUCAAGUGAAUUAAAGUGAUUGAAAUUAUGUGGCCUGUGCUCUGUAGCACAAAGACAAGCAAUUUGAACAUAUUUUUAUCAAUUAUAGGGAUAUAAAAAAAAUCAUGUACUAAAAAUUAUCAUUCAGUUGUAAUAUUGGUUUUGUCUCUUUAUGAUACAUGUGCAUGGAACAGAAUUGGAAGAUUUUAAUAAGUUUCAUGAACUUUCAUCUAAAUUUUGUCACUUGCAUUUUAUUUGUUUCACACAUCUUCAUUUUUGUCAAGAGUUUAAAUCUUGUAUUAAACCUUCGUGCCAUGCAAUAUUUAUUUUCUUG